AUGGUCGCGGCGUCGCCAGAGCGCGAGAAGAAGAAACAGAAGCAGAGGAGAGCAGAGAGGACCGGCGACUGGCUUCAGGGGCCCUACAUGUACUACCUCUACAGCCAGUACGGGUUCGACAAGGGCGACAUCGGCCGCCUCUUCGUCGCCGGAUUCGGCUCAUCCAUGCUCUUCGGAACCAUCGUAGGAUCACUAGCAGACAGGCAGGGCCGCAAGCGCGCGUGCAUCACCUACUGCAUCACCUACAUCCUCAGCUGCAUCACCAAGCACUCCCCACACUACAGGGUCCUCCUCGGCCGCAUCCUCGGCGGCGUCGCAACAUCCCUCCUCUUCUCCGCGUUCGAGUCAUGGCUCGUCGCCGAGCACAACAAGAGAGGCUAUGACCCGCAGUGGCUGUCCAUCACCUUCUCCAAGGCUAUUUUCCUCGGAAAUGGCCUGAUUGCCAUCAUAGCUGGGCUGUUUGCUAACCUGCUCGCUGACAACUUGGGCUUUGGUCCAGUGGCUCCUUUCGAUGCCGCCGCUUGCUUCCUGGCAAUUGGCAUGGCUAUCAUCAUGUCCUCAUGGAGUGAAAACUAUGGAGAUCAAUCUGAAGGCAAGGACUUGAUGUCCCAGUUCAAGGUUGCCGCCAAGGCAAUCGCUUCAGCAUUGAGCCCAAAUGACCAAGACAUUCCUCAUGGCUUUAUAUUUGCCACCUUCAUGCUGUCAUCUAUGCUGGGUAGCUCCAUUGCUUCACGCCUACUGGCCCGCAAGAUGAAGGUUGAAGGUUAUAUGCAGAUCGUGUUUGCAGUGUCGGCCUUUACCCUUUUCCUCCCAGUUGCCACCAGUAUAGAUUACCUUACUGAUAGCAUGUUCGUAUGUGUGUGA